GCUGGCUACGCCACUGUAUAUAUCAGUAUACUACUAAUUACUAAAGCGCCUGGGUAAAAUUGCUCUAUUUUACUUUCAAGAGUCAGACGUUUUCCAGUUUUGAAACUGCUGGAACUGUUCACUGAUUACAUGUGUUUAGAAAAAGAUGAAAUUAAAAACACUCUCAGGUGACGUCAACUGAGUUGACUGUACUUCUGCUCAAUACAAUAGUUUUCAAUUACAAAAUUUGGUAACAUGAACUAGUCACUAAAUAUAAACACGACAGUCACAAGACAGGGUAGAAUAUUCGCCUCGGUAAGCACAAUAUUGAUCAAAUAUAAGCAGCAUAUAAGCUUUAAUUAAUCAGUGGUCGACAUGUCGGACGUUCUCAAAAGUGUGUUAGGUUUAGUCCUUAAUAAAGCCCGUAGUGCGGCAGCCAGUUAUCUUAGCGAUGGAGACCUGACGGACGAAGAAUUACGACAGAAAAUCAUCUCAGAUAUUGACGAAAUAAAGUCAAGCCUUCGAGGUUUGUCGAGGCAACCUCUCAACAGAAGUUUCUGCUUUUUAAAAGAAGGUAUCUCUCGUUUGGUAACGGCCGUUCGAAAUACAACUUCAGGCAAACAAAAUGAACGGGCAGACAUCACUGAUGCCGCCGAACAGUUUGUAGCAGGGGCUGGUGCGUCAAUCUCUCAGCAAACAAAACAACGUCCUGCAGACGAAGCUUUGUCAUCUUCAACUUUUGAAAUUGUUUCGCAAGAACGCUGGGCUGAUGCGAAGGAAUCAUUCAGAAAAUCACGAGAACAAGCAACAAUCGCAUUUGGUAACACGGCUUUGAGAAUAAAGGACAUGAUAAUGGCUUGCAAGCUUCGUAUUGUCAGCAGUAUUCUUGAAAAGUUUCUUGAUGAUCCAGAAGCUGCCGCUCGAGACUGUUUACUGUAUGUUCAAGAACUACACGACUUACCAGCUGUUCGCCAAACAUUCACGGUUCACGUCAGAGGAGGAUUCAAAAGAAAACGAAGUGAGAUCGUUGCUUCCGUAGAGGCAAUAAAUAACGUCUUACUAGAAUUUAUGUUGGAAUUUAUCCUGGAAUUUACACAGAAAAUGGUUCAUUAUCAUCACGUUAAAUGGCCAGUGAUACAACUGACUGACAGCGAAUAUCCGAGGGAACAUAUCGUUGUGGACAUACAUACGGUGAAAGAAAUAAAAGAAAAGAGAGAAUGGGAACAAAUGAGAAAAAGAUGGCCCAAAGUUGAGUUUAGCAGUGAAAGGAUCUCUACUUGCGGUUCUCCAGAGGCUGUUGAUAGCGAAGGAUUUAUCCAUUGGAAAUUACGUGAUAUCCGUUUUUUAGAGCAUGAGCGUAGGGAUGUGGUUCUGUCUGUGGAUAUCAGCCUGAAUGACCAUAUUUAUACCUUAUGUCGUGUAACUGAUGCGGAUUACGUAAAGAAAGCAGAUUCAGAUUUGAAAUUAACUGUGGAUGAUGGGACAGAUAAAUGCCGUGCAAUUACGGAGGGUCUUCCGUCGGCAAAACCUGACACUUGCUGGGUCAUGCGUGUGGUGGAGAAUAACAUUGUUUUGUGCAAUUGUUUUGGAGAGGUGUUUGUCUUCACGUUGGGCGCUCAGGAUCGUCUGAAUAUGGAAUGUUCGCUCUCCUUGCCUUCAUUUAAUAGUUCUCAUGGGAAACCUUGGCACGGUACGGAACGAACUGAUGUUUUUAUGUGCGUUACAAACAAACGUGAAGUCAUGAUUACCACACGGGGCGGGGAAAAGGUGUAUAUCUGCUCAAUCACAGACGAAGGACAGAUAGAACCAAUAAUUCAGGUGCCUCUGGAAGAACUUGAGGUAGAAUCUAGAGUUCUGGGUCUGGCGUUUGACCCUACACAUGAGGAAGAUAUUGUUGUUUUGAGAAGCAUCCCAUGCGAGUAUUUACCCAGAGGUUUUCAUGAAAGAAUUUAUAUUUAUUCAAGAAAUGGGAAAAUACAAGAUUUUUGCAGGCUUCCCGAAAGAGACUCAAGGUAUUUUCGGUGUUUUCUGUCCAAUCCCAAAGGUUUUGUUGCCGUUGUUCAAUAUUCGAUAUUCGAGAAAGACGUAUAUUUCUACAGCUUGGUUGGAGAAGUUUGCAUACGCCCCAAGGAUGAGGAGGAGGAGGAGGAGGAGGAGGAGGAGGAGGAGGAGGAGGAGGAGGAGGAAGAGGAAGAGGAGGAAGAGGAGGAAGAGGAGGAGGAGGAGGAAAAAGAGGAGGAGGAAGAGGAGGAGGAGGAGAGGAGGAGGAAGAGAGGAGGAGGAAGAGGAGGAAGAGGAGGAGGAGGAGGAAGAGGAGGGGGAGGGGGAGGAGGAGGAGGAGAGGAGAGAGGAGGAGAGGAGGAGGAGGAGGAGGAGGAGGAGGAGGAGGAGGAGGAGGAGGAGGAGGAGAGGAGGAGGAGGAGGAGGAGGAGGAGGAGGAGGAUGAUAUAUGCUGAGGAGGAGGAGGAGGAGGAGGACGAGGAGGACGAGGAGGACGAGGAGGACGAGGAGGACGAGGAGGACGAGGAGGACGAGGAGGAGGAGGAGGAGGAGGAGGAGGAGGAGGAGGAGGAGGAGGAUAUAUUCAGUAAUUGGGCAGUAAUUCUGUUUUCCUGUUGCGUUAACCUGCUGGAGGAGGAAUAG